AUGUUUUUCUUUAGGUACCGAAUCUGUCACACAAUCCAGAAACUUACUCUCUCCUGAUAAAUGGACUGAGGGGUUUAUUUUUCCAAGAGCACGCAAUCUUACACCAUGAUUCUGGUGAUAUCAGUGAAACGUUCGCCGUACAUAUUCAGACAGACAAGGGUAUAUAUAAACCUGGACAAACAGUGCAUUUUCGAGCAUUUGGGAUUUCGUCCACAAUGUUGCUUUAUACGGGACAACUGAACAUUUCGAUUACUGAUCCGAAAGGAAACAUAAUGAAGAAUAUGGUGAACGUAUCAGAAUCCAAUUAUGGUGUCAUCGAAGAUUAUCUUAUAAUGGACUCUGAACCGGUUCUUGGUACAUGGACAAUCACUGCAAAUGUUAAAGAUAGGGCUGACAAAGUCAAACAUUUCAUUGUACAAAAAUACGUGCUUCCAAAGUUUGAUAUUAAAAUAGAGCUGCCCUCUUACGUCGUAACCACGGACAACGAAAUGCAUGGUACCGUCAAAGCAACAUAUUCGUACGGUAAACCUGUGAUUGGUACAGUAAAGUUAUAUGCUGACACAGAUUAUAGUAGUGCUCCAUGGAAAUAUAAUGGUGGCGGAGUGAUGGUGGAAUUAACAUUUAAUAUCAACGGAGAAGCUAAAUUUACGGUUCCAUUUAGUCGUAUUCGAGACGAAGCUGAUCCGAAUACAUAUGAACCCCUGGUCCAAAAACUGGCAAAUUAUCAUCUUACCAUUAAAGCGUCCGUAACAGAAAGCAUCAACAAUAUAACAAGAAAUGCUACAGCUCAGGUGAAAUUUUACAAGGUGCCAUUUCGUCUGUCGUUUGAUACCGCACCAAGUAUGAUGUUUUUUAAACCGGGAUUAACGUAUCAUGGUCGUAUGGAAGCGUCGUUUGGCACUAGGACGCUUCCAUAUGGUCGAGUGUCAUUAACACAAGCCGACGGUAAUCCGGUCAUUUCAUCUUUACCGGAAGUGACGCUUGUAACGUAUGUGAAAUACUACGACCCGGCUUUGCAUUCAUAUAACGCUCAUUACUUACGGGAACAAGCAUUGGUUCCUCCGGCAACGGGCUCGCUUAGUUUUAGUGUAGACCCACCAGAAAAUGUAGAUUCUCUUCAUAUCAAGGUGGAGUUUAGAGGACUAUCUGACAUGAUACAUAUCAAAAAACCUUACUGGGUAACUGAGGCUGGAAAUAUUCAGAUAAAAUUAAACUCAAAACAAGUGGUGAGUUUCUUUUAUAUAUCUUAUGCCGCUUGGGAUUGCUAUUUAGAUAUCUGGGAGCAAGGACAACGUCAUUUGCUUACAAUUAAAUUUUCAGUAACUCAAUAACUUACAAUAACUCCG